GAUGAACUUCUGCUUAUGAUCAAAGUUCUUGGUAACAUAGGGGAGCCAGUCCAAUAUGUCUAUGACAGUAAGUAUACCGGAAUGGAAGGCGGACCCGGGGAUAGGAGACUGGUCCAGGCUUUGUUACAGUGUGCUUAUAAUACAGAUCUACCUCACAAAGUCUCAAAGGCAGCUGUACUGGCACUUCAUAAAAUGACGUUUUCCCCCGAGAUGAAAGAUGUCCUCUUUGGUAUUCUUGUCGACCUGAAUCGACCGCCCUCCUUACGGACAGCGAUAUUCGAACGGCUAGUGUUACAGCCAGACCGAGAUCUUGCCACGAAACUCCACGAUCUCGUGUACACCGAGAAGAUGAUCUACAUGGAGAAUUAUAUGAUUACCUAUAUCAAGAGUCUACUACAGAACGACCAACCAGACCUACAACACUUACGCAACAUCUGGCAGGACUUAAUUGAUUCGGACUCCAGAGCAUUUCCAUAUGGUAGUCGCCAAAUUGGAAAGUCUAAAUACAUUGAGAUGUCCCGCUACAUCAGAUUUCCUCUCAGCACGGAUUAUCACGGCUUCCAGAUUGAACUAGACACUGUUUACAACAUUGCCAGCCCUAUUGUCAAUGCGAUUGUUCUCCGGGUCAGCUAUUUUGCUGGUCACAAGAUCAAUCUCCUGGAGGUUGCUGCUGAUAUUGACGAUUUCCACGUCCUUGUAAAUGAAGUCACGAGAAUCUUACCACUUGGCGUACCGAUACAACCAAGGAAUUCACGCCGGGAAACGGUGUUUGCGACAUUGCAGAAAGACAUUGUAGCAGCCAUUUUGGAAAUGUUUGAUGAAAUUAAUUUGCCUCAAAAGAGCAUCCCCGAUGGUUUAAUUCAUGUAAAGGUAUUAGGUAAAGAAGUAUGUUUUCUGGAUAUUCGAGAUUUGCAAAAGAAACUUUUGAAUAAAAGAUCCGGACAGUCGUUUAUUAACACUUCGAAACGAUAUUUUUAUGCAAUACUGGAACAACUUCCAAUGUAUCGGACCAGUUCUACGUCUCUGGUAGACAUUGUCAAAGUGUUACCAACUGUUGGAGGAUUUCCACUUAAUAUGACGGUUUCCGUAGCAAUGACUAUUGGAUUGGGAUUCAAUGCCAAAUUGACCAUGCCCGAUAUUCUUAAAUUGAACACCGAUGCCCAGUUGGAUACAUCCAUUAAAUCACAUGCUGCUGUACAUUUAAAUGGAGAACUGAUGACGAGGUUUGGUCAACACAGUCUUUCUGGUGCUAGAGCAAGUUCAUAUGGAUUAUUACAGAUGUCGCUUGAACCGUCUUUACGUGUAAAUACUCAGCCUUAUCCAGGCAGGCCACUGGAUAUUUCCGUGACUCAAACCAACACAGAUUCCAAAUACAAUAUAGCCAGACUAAGUGGGAACUUGUACUUGAUGACACCUUCUGGAGAGAUGGAGGAGGUAGAGCCAGAUCAGGAAAUCCAGACCACGAUACAUGAUUGUGAUAGAGGACUUCUCUCUGCUGUCACGGGUAACCAAGUGUGCUUCACCGGUGUGUUCCCCAACACGACAUCGUCUACCAGUCACCCUUACUUCCCCUUAUCUGGACCGUUUCAUUUUAGCCUGGAUACACGUAAAGUUGAAACGGAAAAUUUUCAAAACUCCACAUUCAGGAUUUUGAAAUUUGAAGAUCACCUUUGGAUCAACCUGACAAGGCAAGGACAAGAUAAAAAGAAUGGACUGAUCCUACAUAUCGAGACCAGAGAUUAUUUACAUCAAGUGGAAAUGUUGAUUCCCGCAGCUCAAUUACAUUUCUAUGCUAAGAAAGACUAUACUUGGUCUUACGGCGUAAUAUCCACAGAUUAUCAGAUAUACGACUUCCAUUUGAGUGAAGCUGGCACAAGUAUCAUCAGGUUCCUUGUAAAGGUACAAGGUAAUAAAACAUUGAGCAGGAAUAGGAUUUCUAUCCUAACAAAACGGAGAAUCGUGGAUGUCACACUGGCCAUUCCCGGUGCGAGUCUGGCAGUCACAGUACACAGCUUCAAGAACAAGACAAGUGGACACUACAACAACGCUUUUAAUAUCACCUACCAUUGUAUUAAAGAUCGUCCCCUGAUGUACCUUCUUCACUGGAACCCUACCUUAGCUGUACUUAAUGGGGAUACGUCUACCGUUCAGUUUGUUAACGAUGUUGUCAGCGGUUACAUUGGCGAUACGAACAUAUGGAGAGCCAAUGAUUAUAUGCAGCUGAACUUGCCGGGUUUGAAGGUCAGUCUGGAUAAUAACAUUGAAGGAAAUAUGACUCAUGCCAAUCACCAAGCAGUCAUUGUAUACGGAGGAGCCCUUGGUCAGGAGCAUACACUGACAAUGGAUGCCCAUGUGACCAACAGUAGCAAUACCACCUACAACAGCUAUAACUGUUAUAUGCUGCUAUCACACACAGCGAUGCCAUACAACCUUUCUGUUUGGGGUUUUCUGAAGGGCACCAGCCAAAAUCUAUACAUAUUGGCGGAAAUCGAACAUGUCGCUAUUUCCAAUGCAGUUCAGGAAACACCUUUAGUCAGAGACUCAAACAAGAAUGAUAGCGAAGACUGGUUGAUUGGAUUAAGUGGGAUAGGAAACGCAGAGAGUUCUGGGACGGAUGAUUGUAUGAAGAUCCCCAUACGGAAAGUUGCAGCAUUGACUGUUGCGCGCGUGCCUGUGCCAGAUGGGAUAGAAUUGAGGUGGGACUUAAAUUACACCAAACAGUUGUGUGAGGGACAUGUACUAUACCGUACAUCUGGCGUGUAUGGUCGUCAGCCUGUCAACACACGCAGCAAUUUCCACUACUGGUUUACUGCAGACGCGGCUAUUACAGAGUCGAGUAAUUCCGAGGGACAGCACAAACCUGUGGUCAGUACCAAGUCAUACAAAGGCAGAUUUAUUUUCCACGUUGAUCAUUUAGAAUCAAUCCACCUGUUGCUGGACUACAGCAGCCAAUUGGUCAACACCUCCUACGUUCUACGUACCUAUGAAAUCCCAAAGAAGAGUAAAUGCGCUCUUUUCCACUACAAGUUACAUACUCCGUGGCCAUUGUUCAACUUCAAUAUCAGACAUUUUUAUAAUUGGACGGAUCAUCUGAUUCACGAAAUGGAUGUAGCACUCGCCUUUGUCGAUGUCGAUACAGUAUCUCAUUAUCACAUGAGGUUGUUUAGCGACUUAUUCAAGAUAGAAGUUAAUGGCUCAAUUAACUCAAGGCUGCCAUGGCUACAAGGAAGAUCAAACAUCACCGGUUAUUUUAAACAGCAUGUGUCACAUGGUAUUUUACCACAACUCUUAGUAGCUGCAGAAACUUCAGAAGGCACUCUCGAGCUUAAAGCUGACAUGAUCAACACUACCCUUAGUACCACCAAUAUAACAUUUCAAAAGCCCAAUGACGAAAUUGCGCAUUUAUUUACGUGGGAUAUAGCAUUGACGAGCAGCCGUGCUAUCACCCACACCCUUAGUUGGAAUUCCGAUCUGGUCAAUCUCCUCCUACAGGGCGCUGGUACCAAAGUCAACCAGUUGCGAUUGGCACUUUUGGAAGCUGGGGAGGUCGCCUUGCGUAACGCCGGGAAAUCCACGCAUUUGAUGGUUAUACCAUUUACAAACAUGACACUAGGUGCCAUGCUAGAAUCAUAUCUGUAUCCGCAUAUGCGAAUCAAUAUGAACGACAGUGAUCCUAGAUCCUUAUACAUGGAUGACAAAUCUCUAAACAUGUCAGAUGAUGUUGGAAUUAAAGGAAGUAAUCAACCAGGGACACCUUGGCCUUAUGAGGCGAACAUUGUUGUCGCUGGCAACGAAGUGCUGGGUAUAAUGUCAAGAACCAUUGGGGAAACUCUGAAAACCAUGGAUAGAGUAAUUUUUCGUCCACCAAGGAUUGUGAAUUGCGUGGGGAAUUAUCUUUUACGUCCCACGAUACAGAAAAUAUUAUCUGAAUCUCGUCUAACCUUCACAUUACCUGUCAUCGGCCAUUGGCAAACACUUUUAUCGAGUCCACAUGGGACCUACGGGUAUCGUUACCUUAAAGGUGUGUUUAAGCGCUUGACGUCCAAAGACCCUGUCAAGAGCGACAAGUCAGUGACGGCUUACAUCAUCAACCGGCAGUAUGUGAUUACAUACUACGGCCAGCAUUACCAUAUACCAGAUGACGAGGCUGCCGACUGUGUCCACCUCCUGGCUGCAGAUUUUGACCGUGAGACGUUCGCAAUUUUGCUAUCACGUCAGGGUAUCACUGUGGUCACCAGUGAGAUGUCAGUAAUGUUGGAAUUCGGUGGAAACGUCUUCCGCGAUAACUGUCCACGCCCCGUACAAUUGCCUCUUGGAUGUAACGGAUGUCAAACCGGCGUAUUUAUGGAAGGUGACGAUGUGGUUUUGACCAUCACCAACGGCGUUCGUGUAUCAUGUAGACACCAAAGAGAAGUAUGCAGUAUCCAACUGACUGGAAAACAGUUUAGUCACUCGUGGGGACUGUUGGGCAGCAACGACGGGGAGCCAGGUUCAGACUUCCAGCUUCCCAAUAAACAUAUCACCUCAUUAACCAACAACUUUAUACAUGGUUAUGCUGUGGGAGGACCACCAAAGUGCAUUUCCUCAAAAUACUCCCACCAAAAUGAGACAAACGAAGUGAUAAAUCCUCAUCACCGUUCUCCGAGCAAUGUGACGACGCGAUGUAGUACAGAAAUGGCGGAUGAAUGCAAUAGACAAUUUAUGCAUGCCAGUAAUUAUUCUACUUGUGAUUCUUAUGUUUCAUCGCAACAAUUUUUGGAUAGCUGUUUAUCGGAAGCUCGUAACUGCGAUCGAGUUGCAUCUGACGCUUGCAAGCACAUCAAUGCUUACGAAUAUGCCUGUCAUUUGAAUGUAGUCUAUGACAUACUUCACGUGAAUUGCAGUAUAGACACUUCAUCAUCUUUCGUCGAGGGAAGUCGACAACCGGUGGAUAUUGUAAUGGUGAUGUCAGAGAAUUUGGGAUCCUCUCGAUCUGACUUAGAGGCCCACAUGGAGACUUUUCUACAUCACGUAAAAUACUCUUUACAUAAUGUUCAGCUUGGUAUUAUCGGGUAUGGAGAUGAUGUGGAAAUAACCGAUGCUCUAGACCUUACGCUGUCGUCAAGGUACAUGGUAGCCCUGGAAAGGUUGGAUGUGGGAAUGGAUAUUUCUCCAUGGAGAAAAGCGUGGAAGCGGUUUCCGAACGUGAAUACAAUGAACGAGGCGUUGGAUAUGGCCGCUAACUACCCUUAUCGUCUGAAUACUCAGAGGGUAGUCAUCGUUAUAUCAAGGGAGAAGAAUCCUUAUAUAAGCAACAGCGUAAAGUCCAGAUAUGAAGAUAUGAAUAUCAUUGUGAAUUCUUUCGGAGAUUACGAGUCCAUAAUUCCUUCGAACAAAGUCAAUGGUAUAAAUUGGGAUAGUACCGUGGUAUACCGGGAUUGGAUGUCCGCGUACCGUGUGCUGUCCCUCCCUGAGGGAGAUCUCGUGGAGCUUGUGAUAAAUACUAAGGGAACGAUCUUUAAUGCUGACACGAUCUUUAAUAGACGAAAGAAGAGACUAAGAUUUAUUUUGAAGCACAUCAAAGAACAGAUACAGUUGAAUAACGUCUGCUAAACUUUAGAGUGGGAAAAUCACUCAGAAACCAGAAUGUUUGUUUACAACUUCAUUGGUUUUCGA